ACCUUCAUGAACGUUUUAUCUGCAAGUGAAAAAAAACACUUUGACCUCCUAGAGAGCUUUGCCUUCUCCUCUUAAAGAGCACGUCUUGAGUCGAGAGUGUGCUGCGUCUAGACCUAGAGUAACAACUUCGACUCGGGACUUGGAUCACGUUUCUCUAACUCAUACCAAAAUUCGGGCACCCUUUACUACAAAUUCUCUUCCUCUUCAAUUGUGUUUCACUGCCAUGCGCGGAACAGGUUACAGUACAUUGUGAAGAAAAAGGGAGCGACGAUAUAGAGCCGGUUUUAGCACGGGAUGCCUGUCGGUUUCAAUCAAACUGACCUAAUAACGUGAAUCAAGCAGUUUCAGUUUAAAUCCACUCCUAUUGUCGAAGUGCUUUGAUAAAAGUCUGCUGUGCAAUUCAGAGUAAGCUUCUUUGCCUGGAUUUUAGGCUGUCCACCUUUCAGGAUCACCAACUGUAGCGAGAAGCACAGCUCUAGUUACCCUAAACUCUGUUUUCCAGAGAUCUUGGUGGUAUUAGUGGUCGUUUGGGUGAUGGAGAAGGAAGACGAAGCAGUGAAGAAUGCACAGGUUGUGGAAGCUAGGGCCAGAAAUAUUAGCCACAAUGUACGGUGUACAGAUUGUGGAAGUCAAUCAAUUGAAGACUCACAAGCUGAUGUUGCCAUUCUUCUGAGGAAGUUGAUCCGUGACGAAAUUCGCUCUGGGAAAAGCGAUAAAGAGAUAUUUAAAAAGCUGGAGGACGAUUUUGGAGAGACGGUACUUUAUGCUCCACGUUUUGAUCUACAAACUGCGGCUCUUUGGCUAUCACCGUUUCUAGUUGCAGGGGGUGCGGCAGGGGUAUGGGCUUAUCAAAAGCAUAGACAGAAGACUAACGUGCACAUAAUGGCGCUGAACCUAGUGAGGGGUGUUCCGUUAACCCCGAGAGAAAGAGAGACGAUGCUAGAUAUUCUAACACCACCACCUGCACCAGGCAGAAGGCGAUGGUGGGGUUUAUAAUGACUGCUGACUCCAUAGCUUGCACAACUUCUUCCAUUAUCUUAAAGGUUUUAUUGCCUCCUUUGGUAAUGUUUUACCAAUUAAUGUGAGAUUCUGUAUGGUUUUUUAUGCGAAGUUGCAUAUUUUUUUUUAUCAAUGGUGGAGAAAAACUCUGUCCGAAGUUGACAAGUGGAGUUUUAGUUCAAACCAAAAUUUUGUAAAGGAGAAUUUUGCCCUAUGAAUGCUUCUUGAAUUCGACUCUGACGGAAUGUCAUAGCCAAACUAUUUUAACAUGGCUGCUAAUAGAGGGUGCUAAUUUUACCACCUCCAUUUCACGCAAA